CCCGGCCGAUCGGUGCGCUACUCCUGCGAGGAUGCGGCUGUUCCCGUGGCUGCUGAAGCACUCGGUGCCGAAGCAAAUCGAGCGCUACUCGCGCUUUUCGCCAUCGCCGCUCUCCAUCAAACAGUUCCUAGACUUUGGGAGAGAUAAUGCAUGUGAGAAAACUUCAUACAUGUUUCUACGAAAGGAACUGCCUGUGCGACUGGCUAACACAAUGAGAGAAGUCAAUCUUCUACCUGAUAACUUACUGAACCGCCCUUCGGUGGGGUUGGUUCAGAGCUGGUACAUGCAAAGUUUUCUUGAACUUUUAGAAUAUGAAAAUAAAAGCCCUGAGGACCCAAAGGUUUUAGAUAACUUUCUGCAAGUUCUGAUUAAAGUUAGAAAUAGACACAACGAUGUGGUUCCUACAAUGGCACAAGGAGUGAUUGAAUACAAGGAGAAGUUUGGAUUUGACCCCUUAAUUAGCAGUAACAUUCAGUAUUUUCUGGAUCGAUUUUACACCAAUCGCAUCUCUUUUCGAAUGCUUAUUAACCAGCAUACACUUCUGUUUGGUGAUGACACUAAUCCUGCGCAUCCGAAACAUAUAGGAAGUAUUGAUCCAACCUGUGAUGUGGCUGAUGUGGUGAAAGAUGCAUAUGAAACGGCCAAGAUGCUGUGUGAGCAGUACUACAUGGUAGCUCCAGAGCUGGAAAUUGAAGAAUUUAAUGCCAAAGCACCAGACAAACCUAUUCAGGUAGUUUAUGUGCCCUCACAUCUGUUUCACAUGCUAUUUGAGUUGUUCAAGAACUCAAUGAGAGCAACAGUUGAAUUGUAUGAAGAUAAAAAAGAGGGCUGCCCUGCUGUUAAAACUCUUGUUACUUUGGGUAAAGAAGAUUUGUCUAUUAAGAUAAGUGACCUAGGUGGUGGAGUUCCACUUCGCAAAAUAGAUCGUCUCUUCAACUACAUGUAUUCAACUGCUCCUAGACCUAGCCUGGAGCCCACAAGAGCUGUCCCUUUGGCCGGAUUUGGUUAUGGUUUGCCAAUUUCUCGUCUGUAUGCUAGAUAUUUUCAAGGAGAUCUAAAACUAUAUUCCAUGGAAGGAGUAGGUACUGAUGCUGUCAUUUAUUUGAAGGCUCUUUCUAGUGAAUCAUUUGAGAGGCUGCCAGUUUUCAAUAAGUCUGCGUGGCGCCAUUACAAGACCACACCAGAAGCUGAUGACUGGAGCAAUCCCAGCAGCGAACCCAGGGAUGCAUCGAAAUACAAGGCUAAACAGGAACAAGAUCAAGACGAAUAGUACUUGGUAAGGCACGGAAUGCUGUGGUCCUGUUUGGGAAGAAAGGUCAUCUUCUACAAGUCACUGAGAGAGCUCUUUUUUCCGCCACGUCUGAAUUAUUCCCAGUGCUUGAGUGUGUGUUUUCUCCAUACCAUCUGGGUCUUUCCAUGGAGCCCUUCCUGUAGUUAUUCCAGUUAUAAGUUCCACUAAAGUAGUAACUCAAGUAAUUUUUCAUGUUAUUUUGCCGUGGUGUAGUCAGUGCCUAUCGCGUAAGAGCACAGAGCCUCUAUAGAGCUCGCGUGUCCUCACACUGUCUUAUUAUCAUAGAGCCUGGUGUCUCCAGUCUUCCCUGGAUUCUGAGUUCAUUCCCCAUCCAAGAUGUAGCACUUAACUGCUGCUGCUCUUUGUGACCAAAUACUAUAUUUGUUCCAAACUCCCAGCUAGGUUUGGGGAAUCUAGAAAGAGAAGAUAGCAGCUGAGCACAUCUUGAGAAUUCAGUCCCAGAGCCCUCUCUGCCAUGCAUCCCUCCUCCACUCUGAUAGGGUUUGCCUUCCUCCAUCUGGUCUGCAUUCUCAUUAGAUGAGGCAUGGUACUUUCACAAUAGGUCUUAUUCACAGAUGUAUUGAUAUUUUACAGUUCAGUUGUAUGCUUCCAUUCCAUUGAUUAAAACAUUCCAAAAGG